AUGCUGGUGACCAUCUUCCCCCCUUUUUUUUUUGCCUUCACGCCUGUUAUUGGCUCUGGCCAUGGUGUCAAAAAGGUGAAAGCGCUUCUAGAGGUACAGACGGACACACUAGAGUCGACGAAGCGGCAGGUGGACAAGAAGCACACUAGGACGGUAGAGGAGCGCGACCAGGAGAUCCAAGAGGAGGAGCAAGGAGCUCUCCCGGAGUUCAACGAGGAGGAAGAAGAGGAGAGCGAUGAGGAAGGGCCCAUCUACAACCCCCUCAAUCUCCCGCUCGGGUGGGAUGGAAAACCUAUUCCGUACUGGCUCUACAAGCUGCACGGGCUCGGGGUAGAGUUCAAGUGCGAGAUCUGCGGCGAUUUCAGCUACAAGGGUCGGAGGAAUUUUGACCGGCACUUCCAAGAAUGGCGUCACGCGCACGGCAUGCGAUGCUUGGGCAUCCCGAAUACGAAGCACUUCCACGACAUCGUCCUUAUCCAGGACGCCCGAGACCUCUAUGCCAAGAUCAAAGACUCGUUGGACAAGGAGCAGUGGAACCCCGAAGACAACGAGGAGUACGAAGACGGGGAGGGCAACGUUCUCAACAGACGCACCUACGAGGACUUGGCCCGCCAAGGCCUCAUGUAA